AUGAGGAUCUCGAAAGCUUUGGCGACUGCAUCGAUAUGUUUGGCGACGGCAGAGGGUUUCAAGUUCCAGCUCCAUAAUAGUUUUGGCAGCCCAGUCGAGGCAGCUGCGGAUUUGAUCAAGAGGGCAACUAUUAGCUCAACUUUCAAAUAUGCUGCCCCUCAAUUCUCUUACUACGUCGAUCUUCUUGUUGGGUCCGCCCACGAUUUCGUCCGAUUAAGAUUGAGCUCCGAUCCAUUUACUUGGUUUCCUGGCCCACUGCCUCGGAGAAACUAUUGUAAUGGCCAGACAAAUGCAAAUUUCGCUCUCUGUGUUCAAUCUAACUUUUCUGGUACAUAUGAUCCCUCUGGAUCAAGUACCUUCAAGAACCUCUCGAGCGCGCUGAAUCUGACAUCCUCCGAUUCGAGGUAUUAUGUAUUGGGAUACUAUGGACAAGAUACCCUUCAAAUCGGUCAAACAGAGGUUGACAAUGUCCCAAUCGGUAUUGCAUAUGACUAUACCAGGACACCUCAAUUGGGCUUGGGAAUUGGCGGCUCUGGAUCUACUGAAAAGACUCUCAUCCGAACCAUGUUGGAUGAGGACGUUAUCAGUGUUCUUGCGUAUGGUCUUUAUCUCAAUGACUUUGACACCAACAGCAGUGAACUCACAAUUGGCGCCAUUGAUACUGCUAAGUAUGAGGGUAACUUGAUCACUUUCGAGUCCUCUGCGACUACCACCGUGCAGCUCAACUCUCUCGAAUACGAGGAUGGCAGUGGUGGUGAUCCCGAGGUUUUGGCCACUAGCUGGAAUGCCAAUGUCGAAUUCAGUACUGGUCUUCUUUACUUCCCUAACGGCCCGCUGCAAGCGAUUGUUGGAGAUGUCGAAGCCUACCUCGACACCACCUACGGCGGCUAUCUCACAGACUGUAGCUUCAGAUACGCCGCUAAAGCUCUUAUCUUCAGCUUCCAAGGCACUACAAUUACCGUUCCAGCCAAGCAAUGGAUCAUCCCAGCCUAUACCCUUGGUGGCUACCAAACCACUCUUCGUGACGGCAGAACGCCCGCUUGUAUCGUUCUUGUCGACUCGAUGGAUAACUACAGUCUUGCCGCUAGAGCAGGUUACACUGCAGUCUUUGGCAUGCCUUUUGUUCGAGCUACUUAUAUGGUUCACGACUUCACCAACCAACAAACCAGCUUCGCACAAGCUAAAUUGAACACCACCGAUUCCGAACUUAAGAGUCUUGGAACCGAUGGUGUUGCUCCAUUCGCUACUCUCGUCCCAUCUACUAGCAUGCCUGGUCCUAGUAACAUCGCCCCCACGACCACCGGAACCGGCAUUGUAACCGCCGGACCUGACGGUAACAACGGUCAAAAUGAUGGACAAUCCUCUGGCGGUGGCGGCAGUAGUACCCCAGUUGGUGCCAUUGUCGGUGGUGUAGUCGGUGGUAUCGCAGUUAUUGCCGCCGCAAUCGGUGCAUUCUUCUUCUUCCGUAGACGUCAAAACCGUGAAGCUAAUGCAAACGAUACCCUCCCACCACCACCACCCAUGGAACAAGCUCAACAACAAGGAGGACAACCACCCGUCGGUCCUCCAUACGCUGGAUACAACACCCAAAAUGCCGGCUUUAACAACCAGGGUUAUAAUGGCCAGUACGGCCAGCAGGGCGGUUACAACGAGCAGUAUGGUUUGGCACCUACUUUGCCAAACAAGGGAUAUGCUCCACCAACCUCUCCUGGUCCAUAUCCACCACCACAGAGCCCUAUGAGCGAGAUGGCUGCUACACCAAUGGAUCCUAGCCGACAUUCGAGCGUCGUUAGCCCACUGGAUCAGUCUAGAAACCCUAGUGUCGUCAGUCCACUUGAUCAGAACAGACACCCAAGCAUGCCUGGUGUCACGGAGCUGCCGUCUCCAGGAGGUCAACAAAUGCCAGUUGAACUUCCAGGAAAUAUGCAUUAA